GCUUCGUUUGCUAUUUAUUUAAAAUUAUAUGAUUUAACGCUAUUUAUAGUGAAUAAAUACCAUUACUCUCAAGGGAUGAGUUGUAUUCAAUCUAGAAUUCUAAAGUAGACUUGAAGUCUAUACAUAUCUAUUUCUAGAUAGAAUACACCCUUUUAGGUUUUAGGGGUUUUCGUAAAAGCAAGAAUUUGGAAUUAUAAUUUGCCGGCUUUCAUAAUUUUUAAGAAUAAUUAUUGAGGGAUUCGUACUAUUUUUCUCAAUUAUUUGUUUCCCUUCUUGAUACAUCAAGUGUUUGAUUUUUAAAUUCUAGAUUCGACAUGUUAAGUGAGUUUAUUUGGAUCAGUUUGAUGUCAAAGUACAUUUAUCGGUCCUUUGUUAAGAUGCGGCCAAGAAAACAUCCUAAUGAUUGUCAUAAUGCAAAAAACGAAGUGAUUUGUAGAGAGGAGUUGGUGCGUUUGCGCCAACUGGUGGAUUUGUUGGCAAAACAGGUGGCUACAGUGAUGAACCAACAACAGGAAUUGUUGGCAUCAUCGGAAUGUGGCUCUCACAGGAAAGACACUGAUGUGAGGGGCACGGAAGCCACACUGUUGAUUGUUGGAGCGACAGCAGGUCAUGGAGUUGCUGGCAUUGGUGAUGUGACAGAGGGACACGGGGCAGGGAGUGGGGCUGCUGCCAAUCCCUCUGAUUCGAAAACCAACAAAAAUUUUGAUGUUAAGGACAAAUACUCAGUACCCAAUACCACCAUUCACACCUUUGCUAAGUCUGGAGAUCUUUUUGGCUUUAAGAGUUUACUUCAGGAUGACCCUUCUCGUCUUUGUGAGAGAAGCAUAUUUUUGUCACAGACACCACUACAUAUUUCGGUCGCAAACAAUAAAGUUGAGAUAGUCAAGUAUUUGCUUGACUGGAAAGGACCAGGCGAGAUCGAGUUGGAAGCUAAAAAUGCUUAUGGUGAGACUCCCUUACAUUUGGCAGCUCAGAAUGGAAACAACGAGGUAGCAAGGAUGCUUCUAUCUCAGCAUGCCAACAUCGAAGCCAAAACCAAUAACGGUUUGACUCCAUUGCAUCUUUCUGUUUUCUAUGCCCUAGAAUAUGGAGACUACUCAACAAUGUCGACAUUGUUAGAUUGCAAUGCUAAUUGCUUUGCAGAAAACAACGAGGGCUUGAUUCCUUUAGACUAUGUCCCGGAUACUCUAGAUAAUGAAGAAUUGCGCAGACUCUCCCAAAAUGUUGAAGAGCUGAGACGCCGUGAUUACAAUGUAGUUACACACAGUGGAGGGCAAAAAAUAUUAGACGAGCUUGCCUGCGAAUUAUCAAAGCUAGUGGGACUACAUGAGCUUAAAGUGCAACUUCGGAAAUGGGUGAAAGGGAUGAUUUUGGAUGACAAGCGCUGGUCCAUGGGGAUAGAUCUUGGGCCCCGGAAAGCACCUCACAUGGUAUUCCUUGGAAAUCCUGGUACAGGAAAGACUACUGUAGCCCGCAUUCUUGGUAAACUACUCCAUUCUAUGGGUUUUCUUCGUUCCAAUAGCGUAACUGAAGUUCAAAGAACGGAUUUGGUGGCUGAAUAUAUUGGUCAAACCGGACCAAAGACUAGAGAAAAGAUUGAAGAGGCCAGGGGAGGUAUCUUUUUUGUGGACGAAGCAUACCGUUUAGUACUUGAACAGACAGCAAGUUACAAGGAUUAUGGGCUGGAAGCUUUAGAGGAGAUCAUGUCUGUAUUGGAAGAUGGAGAUAUAUUAGUAAUUUUCGCGGGUUACACAGAACCAAUGAAGCAUUUAAUGUCUUCAAACAAAGGAUUAUGUAGAAGGGUAACGCGUUUCUUCCAUUUCGAUGAUUUUAGUUCGCGGGACCUUGCCGAGAUUGUGCAUGUAAAGAUGACUCAACAAAAGAAGGGGAGCGAAUUCUGCGGAUUCAGGUUGCAUCCUUUCUGUACUUUAGAAGCUGUAACCGCAGUCAUGGAGAAAGAAAGCACAGAAAAGUUGCGCAACAAAAUGAACGGGGGAUUAGUGGAUCAUAUGCUAACUAAUGCGAUAGAAAACUUGGAUGCGAGACUUAGUCUCGAUUGCGAAGGUUAUGAGUUACUUACGAUCAUGUUAAACGAUUUAGAGGUCGGACUUCAACAAUUAUCAUCGCGUAUAAAUAUUGUCGAAAGAGAGAAGGAACUAAGACAUACAUUAGAGGUGUAAGAAUAACUUUGAUUUCAUUUGGAUUAUGAUUCUUUUUUAGUUGCAUUUG